UGGCAGCUGGACCUUCCCUGUACCCAGUGGCCUAUCAGAGAGAAAAGAGGGAGGGGGAGCAUUGGUGGCAGAAGAGAGAGAGAGAGGCAGAGUGAGAGAGAAAGGGAUAACAGAGGAGCGGGACGCAGAUGAGGAGAAAGAGAUCGAAGAAAUGGUCAAAUCGAGAGAAAUCGCUCGCAGAGAAAGAUAUUGCUUUCUGUUUCAAGUCUAGGGUUUCAGAGAAGUUUCUGGUUAUCUUCCCGGUGGAGCUUUGCGGAAUUAGUCUUUAAAUCACUGUGCGGCGUUGUUUUGAGGUUUUCCAGUUGCUAGGGCUUUGAGGAUUUUGAUAUUUUGGCUGAGAAGCUGCAGAUGAGAGAUCUGUGCUGAAAGUUUCACGAAGAUGACUGUUUCAGAGGUUUCGAUUAAAGGACAUAGCAGUAACGGCCGUGGCGAGUGCUUGUCUUCCGGUUGCAGCGAGCCUAAUGAUGCCGGUGUCGGAAAGAACGGCGUACCAGAUACUACGAACCUGUAUCCAACUUUUUCAACCGGUGGAAAAGAUUCUGAAGACGCGCUUUAUACAGAGCUUUGGCAUGCUUGCGCUGGUCCUCUCGUGACGGUGCCGCGCGAAGGGGAGAGAGUUUUCUACUUUCCUCAGGGACAUAUCGAGCAGGUUGAGGCAUCAACGAAUCAGGUCGCUGACCAGCAGAUGCCUGUUUAUGAUCUUUCUCCUAAGAUCCUCUGCCGUGUGAUUAACGUCCAAUUGAAGGCCGAACCUGACACCGAUGAAGUGUUCGCUCAAGUGACUUUGCUUCCUGAAGCAAACAAAGAUGAGAACUCUGUUGAGAAGUCGUCGCUGCCCCCGCCUCCUCCACAUCCUCAUGUACACUCGUUUUGCAAGACCUUGACGGCCUCGGAUACUAGCACUCAUGGUGGAUUUUCUGUGCUAAGACGGCAUGCUGAUGAAUGCCUUCCACCACUGGACAUGGACCGGCAACCUCCAACCCAGGAAUUGGUGGCCAAGGAUUUGCAUGGGGUUGAGUGGCGGUUCCGCCAUAUAUUUCGUGGUCAGCCUAGGAGGCAUCUGCUUCAAAGUGGCUGGAGCGUCUUUGUCAGCUCCAAAAGGCUUGUUGCUGGGGAUGCUUUUAUUUUUCUCAGAGGUGAAAACGGGGAACUUCGCGUAGGGGUUAGACGCGCUAUGAGACAGCAAAGUAACAUCCCUUCUUCAGUGAUAUCUAGUCACAGCAUGCAUCUUGGAGUCCUCGCAACAGCCUGGCAUGCUGUCUCAACAGGAACCAUGUUCACGGUGUACUAUAAACCUAGGACAAGCCCUGCAGAAUUUCUUGUUCCAUGUGAUCAAUACAUGGAGUCUGUCAAGAACAACUAUUCUAUAGGGAUGAGGUUCAAAAUGAGGUUUGAAGGUGAAGAAGCUCCUGAGCAGAGGUUUACAGGCACCAUAGUAGGCAUUGGUGAUGCUGAUCAAAACAGGUGGCAGGGAUCAAAAUGGAGAUGCCUGAAGGUCCGAUGGGAUGAGACUUCUUCUAUUCCUCGUCCGGAUAGAGUUUCUCCAUGGAAAAUAGAACCUGCUUUGACCCCUCCGGCAUUGAAUCCCCUUCCUGUACCCCGGGCUAAAAGACCCCGUGCAAACAUGGUGCCUUUAUCGCCUGAUUCCUCUGUUCUCUCAAGGGAAGGUUCAUCUAGAGUGACAGUUGACCCUUCACCAGUAAAUGGGUUUUCAAGGGUCUUGCAAGCUCAAGAAAUCUCAACCUUGAGAGGCUCUUUCCCUGAGAAUAAUGAGUCAGACACUGCUCAAAAGCCACUUGUAUGGAAUUCUUCACAGGAUGAUGAGAAAACUGAAAUGGUUUCUGCUCAAAGAAGAUAUGGAGCAGAGAAUUGGGUGCCUCUGGUGAGGCAUGAGUCAACUUAUACAGAUCUACUGUCGAGUUUUCGAACAACUGGUGAUUCUGCUCAUGGAUUCUGUCAACCAUUUGUCGACCAAAAUUCAGAUGAUUCUAACCCAAUGAAGAAGCAUUUCCGAGAUGAGGAAGGGAAAUUCAACAUACUUUCAGGCCCAAGAUGGCCUUCCUUGAACAUGUACGAGUCUAGUAUUAAGAUUCCUGCACAAGCUGGUGAGUUUCCUCAUCAGAAACCUGGGGAUGGUAGAUAUGGCGAGUUGAGUGGAUAUCUUCGAGCAGAGCAGCCUCAAGGGAGCUGGCUGAUGCCUCUUCUUCCGCCCUCUCACUCUCACUUGGAAAAUCCUCAUUCAAUGGGGCUGAGAUCACAAUCUGCAUUAUUGCAACAUGAGGCUGUGAAAUCCAAAGACGAUGGAAAUUGCAAGCUUUUUGGUAUACCCCUCAGAAAUACUGUGGCAUCAGAACCAGCACUGCUGCAUUCGAGUACAGCUUAUGAAACAAAAAGUCAUAUCCAUCCUGUGAUGCAUCAACCACAGGCUUUGGAAUCAGAUCAACAUUCUGAGCAAUCAAAGGGCUCGAAGUCAGUGGAUACAGCUCUUGUGGGCAAUGAAAAAGAGAAACCCUUUCAGGCUUGUCAGCAACUUUCUAGAGAGGCACAGAGUAAACAAAAUGGCUCAACAAGGAGUUGCACUAAGGUUCAUAAACAGGGGAUUGUUCUUGGGAGGUCUGUAGAUCUUAAUAAGUUUAACAGUUAUGAUGAGCUGAUUGCUGAACUGGAUAAGAUGUUUGAGUUCAAUGGUGAAUUAAUGGCUCCCAACAGGAGUUGGUUGAUUGUAUAUACUGACAAUGAGGGUGAUAUGAUGCUUGUAGGAGAUGAUCCCUGGCAGGAAUUUUGUAGCAUGGUUCGCAAGAUCGUCAUUUAUACUAGAGAUGAGGUUCAGAAAAUGAACCCUGGGAAUUUGAACUCGAAGAUCGAAGAAAACCCAGUGGUAGCAGCACAAGAAAGAACAGGUGCUAAAGAAUUGAAAUGUUUGCUUCCUACUGCUUCAGAUGGUCCUGAUGAUAGUUAGGUUUACCUCGCAUGGCUGUGGGUUACUGAAGGUGGCAUUUGAGACUUGUCAGUAAAGGAGACCUAAGUCUGCAUCGUGCAAGGUCAUUGAGGGUUAUGCCUCUGUACUACCAAGUAAAUAUUAUCCUCCAGGAUGUGGCCCCAUCAUAUCUCCCAGUUUUGAGGUAUUGUGAUUUUAGGUCACUAUAUAGGUACUAGCGAUGCUUUUAUCCAAGCCUGAUAUACAUAUAUAUAUAGAUAAAAUAUAUGCAUAUAUACAUAUUCUCUGCGAGGAUUAGGCUGACCUUGCGUCCUCCACCAUUGUACAUAGCUCCUACAUCCCGGGUUCUAUUGUUUCUGAGUUCUUCCGUUGCACCAUUCCUUGUAUCCAACGACAAUGUUUUCUGAUUCUCCUUUCAUUCUCUGUUUAUACAGUAUUUAUUUUGUUCUGCAGUAGAAUAUUGUAAGUUUUGAA